AUGCAGUCCUCUCGGACACCUGUUAAACUUGAAGUAUUUCAGGCGAUGCAGGACGUGAAUGUUGUUGUUUUAAGUCGCCGCAGUGAACGCGAGCUGAGGCCGGUUUUGCCUUGCCUGGUUCGCAUGGCACUUUGUAAACCACUUGAUGAAAGUUCAUCAUGGACAAAGUCGCGAAAGGAAGUGCUUAAAAUCCUCAAUGGAAUAGAAGUGGUCAACAGCAUCGUCGCACUCCUCUCCAUUGACUUUAAUGCCCUUGAACAAGAUGUUAUCAAGGAACAGCAAUUGAGGUCAAAGUUCGGUGGGAGCCAGUCGGAGAGUGUGUUGAUAUCACAGCUACAGAGCGGGCCGGCUUUAGAGUUUGAGAGAAGCGACCCGGCACGCAGGAUACGUUUACUGCUUAGCGAACUACUCUUUGUUAUGUCACAAAUAAAGGAAACUCGAGCAGAAUUCUAUCAAAAACAAUCUGAGCUAUUUGAAAGUCAUGCUUACCUGGAGGAGUUGUCUGACGUAUUGUGUAUAGCUCAGGCAGAGUUACCAUCACUGUUGCCUGUUGUUGAGGUGGCUGAGGCACUACUUCAUGUCCCAAACGGAGGCUGGCUUCUGUGUCGACUCAUCAGCAACGCUCCAGAUUCCUUCAAGGAAGUGUGUGGGAGUUUGGUAGGAAGAGGCGAGAGACAGGAAGAAGAAAGUCUAGGUGGGCGUCGACGGAUGGAGCUUCUCCUUAGUCUGUGUGCCAUGAACCCGGGGGAAGCAUUCAAUAUCCGUGCCCUCUGUGUUGAGCACUGUACCAUGCCAGGGCUGGCUGUGUCACUGUCCUUGAAGAUGAGUGAGCUCAACAAGUCUGCCACCAUGGCAACCACAGACAGAACCAAUGAUAUGAUAGCUUUCAUCAGCGGCCUGUUGCUUGGUAACGACAUACCAGUGAGAAGCUGGUUCUCACUCUACAUUAAGGCCGGUCAAAAGAGAAAGCGUGAGCCCUCCACCUCCUCCCUCUACAGCCUCCGUCUGUGGCUCCUCGAACAACUCAUCUCCAUCCUCCCUGACAGUGGCACUUCCAUGUCAGAGUCAAGUGUCAUCCAAGCCAGUGCUUUUGUCCGCCUGUACUGCGCCUUGAAGGGCAUGGCCACUCUAAGGUUCUCAGAAGAAGAGAUGAAGUUGUUACUGCGUCUGGUGACCUCGCGACCCCCGCUGACUCCUGCUGGUGCUAGAUUUGUCUCCCUUGGACUGUGUAUGUUGAUAGCAUGUCCAUACUUACUGGGAAGCCCCGACCAAGAGAAGCAGGCCAUUGAAUGGAUUAGGUGGCUUAUGGGAGCCGAAAAAGAGUUUGAAAUGGAGGGAACUCAUGACUGUUCCUUCGGAGAGAUGCUGUUUCUCAUCGCUAUACACUUUCACAACAAUGCGACCCCUGCCAUCGCUGAUCUGGUGUGCAACACUCUGGGCAUGAAGAGUGCUGUAAAAGCCAAUGCCUUGGCCCGAAUGAGACAGAUAUUUACACAAGAGAUCUUCACAGAACAGGUUAUUACCUCGCACGCUGUGAAGGUUCCAGUCACAAUCAAGCUAAACGCCAACAUGACAGGCUACCUGCCCAUCAACAGCGUGUACCAGCUUCUCCGGAGCCGAGCUUUUUCCAAACAUAAGGUCAACAUCAAGGAUUGGAUUUAUCGUCAAAUCCGGGUUAGUGCCUGCCCCCUACACCCUCUCCUGCCCCUUCUAGUCGAGGUCUACGUCAACUCCAUCGUGGUCAAGAGUACCAAAACUGACCACCUCAAUGAGCCAAUGACCGAUGAGGAAGUGCUGGCCAUCUACCAAGAAUCAGUGUUCAAUACAGGAAUCGAUAAAAUGGAUACGGACGACGGGGGCGGGGACGGUACGGGAAGUCUGACGCCCCAGCUGUUAAUGUUAUAUUACAUUCUGCUGUACGAGGACACCAUUCUUAACAGCAUGAAGAUCAUUGUGUCGUCACACAGAGAGGUGAAGUCUUACCCGGACAGAUUACUGUCCCAGAUCCCAAUUAACUACCUGUUACAGCAGGCACAGACACAGCAGCACCAGUAUGCUGGCCUCUUCUCACCGCUCCUCAGGUUACUAGUGACUCACUACCCCCAUCUGUGUGCUGUGGAAGACUGGCUUCAGGAGAUCAUGGUACAAGACCGACAUCAUAAAGAGUGGUCUCCCCUUAGUCAGACUAACUGUACUGUAGCAUCUCUCAAUGCAGCCCUACAGGAGGUGGAAUCUCAUCCGACUAACGCAGUGGUCCAGCUUCAGGCUCUACUCAGGAAGACGACAGCCAAUCUGCUGCCAUUCUCCGAUACACUAGUGGCAAGCCUGCCGGUGUUACUCAGUCCCGGGGUUCCAAGGCGUGUCCAGGAUAUGGUGAAAACUGCCUGGUUUAAACUACACACAAUCAGUCCACGAAUGUUGCGUUUGGCGACGGUGAACGCCAUGACAUCAAUUGAUGGGAAGUUUACUCCGAAUAGAUUCACCUACACGGAAAAUGAUAUCACUGUAGAUCCUUUCAUUGUACUGAGGUGUAGCCCUAAGGUAUUUAGGUGUCCGCCUAUCCUUGAAGUAAUGUUACGGGUCCUGGACGCCUACGUCCAGGGAUGUCGAGUCUACCUACAAAAUCACAUGACCACCAAUCCAAUUCUCGAUCAUGCAAGUCACAAUGAGACGGAACGACGCGACCUAAAGAAUGCACUCAUCGCUGCGCAGGAGAGCGCUGUGGUACAGAUACUGCUCGAGUGCUGUCUCUCUCUACCGGAGGAACAGGGGGACCAAGGUUUGCUCAACAAUCGACGCGAGGUCCAGUGUAUCGUCUGUCCAUUCAUCCAUCAGAUGUUCAUCUCCGACCCGAACCUGGCGAAGCUCGUACAUUUCCAAGGUUACAGUGAUGAGAUUCUACCUGUAGCGGUGGCCGGGAUUCCUUCCAUGCACAUAUGUUUGGACUUCGUACCAGAACUUCUCAGUCAGCCUCAGAUAGAAAAACAGAUCUUUGCCAUCAAGCUGAUGUCUCACCUUUGCUGUCACUAUGCACUGCCCAAGACUCUGAGCGUGGCCAAGCUAGUGAUGAACGUCAUGUUUACAAUGAUUGAAGUGCUUGACGGUCAGUGUCGUGCCAAGUUUCUGGUGGAGACUGUUCCGUGCCUGGUGCGAGUUUGCCAGGCGUUCCCUCCGCUGUGUGAGGACGCAACCACUCUCCUCGGACAAGUUGGACGUAUCUGUAUUUCACACCUAACCUCCUCCAGCAACGUCCUGGGCUCGGAGCUUAUUGACCCCGAUAACAAGUCGGGCCCCGCUUCCAAUAGCCAAAGGGAAGGUCCUCAGGCCGGGCUCACAGCCCAGUAUCAAAGACUGUACAAAACUAUACAGACCACAUUCUCCGGCCUGGUCAGGAAAGCACUGGUCACUCGCAACAUCUACUCCUGAUGGUCACUCACACCAGUCACUCACCACAUCUCACAACGGUCAUUAUUCAUCAUUUUUACACAUCAGCGACACUCUUGUUAUAUAUAUGUAUUUCUUUAUACAAAUUGUUGAAAAUAAAAACUGA